GCGCUCGGCCAAGUACAACCUCUGCAGCGAUAACCAUGGGAUAAAGCCGCCGACGCCGGAGCAGUACCUGACCCCGCUGCAGCAGAAGGAGGUGUGCAUCAGGCACCUGAAAGCGCGCCUGAAGGACACGCAGGAGCGGCUGCAGGACAGGGAUGCUGAGAUCGAGGACCUGAAGACGCAGCUCUCGCGGAUGCAGGAGGACUGGAUUGAGGAGGAAUGCCACCGCGUGGAGGCCCAGCUGGCGCUGAAGGAGGCCCGCAAGGAGAUCAAGCAGCUGAAGCAGGUCAUCGACACGGUGAAGAACAACCUGCUGGAGAAGGACAAAGGGCUCCAGAAGUAUUUCGUGGACAUCAACAUCCAGAACAAGAAGCUGGAGACGCUGCUGCACAGCAUGGAGGUGGCGCAGAACGGGGCGCUGAAGGAGGAGGGGGCCGGCGAGUCGGCCGGGGGGUCCCCAGCACGAUCUCUGACCCGCAGCUCCACAUACACCAAGCUGAGCGACCAGGGGGCCGGGGACCGCAACGUGGGGGGCUCACAGACCAUCUCGCUGGACGAGGGGGCUGACAGCGGCUUCAUGGGCAUGGAGGAUGCUCCCGGACACACGGACCCGCUGGAGAUGGGGGCUGAGCCUG